GCGAAAAAAGUGACCCACUCCUUCCAGGGCCACAUCGUCGCGGUCGAAAUAGAAGCCCUGCAGGAAGAGAUGGCGGGAACAAUGAGACCCAGAGAUUAUCGAGGUGGUCAGUUAUGUUUAGAAAUUGGCCAGACAGGAAAGGAAUUGAGGUGUGAUUGUGAAAAGCCUCUCUAGGCAGGAGAAGAGGAGAGGUCUCCAGGAUCUCAGGCAGGUAGGUACUGGGGGUCUGGGAUCACUGGGGAUGAGGUGUUUGGGGUCCAGAGUCUUGAGUUCUCAUGUCUGGGUGAAGGAGAGAGUUAGAUAUUGGUGGAAGAGCAAGCUGGACUCCUGGGCUCCUGAUAGUGGUGAAAGCUGGAAACAGGCUUCAGGGACCCUAACAAGUAUUGGCACUGGAACUUGGGUUGCCUGGGUCCAGGAGAAAAUCCCAAGCUUAAGAUCAGGUGUUGGAGGGCAGAGCCUAUUGGGAUGUUGGGUCUGGUUCCUGACUCUUUGUUUUGCUUCUCCAGGAUGUCUUGGGAAAGUGAUACAUGGAAGAAAGAGGCCCUGGGAGAUGAGCUUGCCGCUAUGAGACUGCAGAAGCUGGAACAGCAGUGGCGUCUGUUUGAGAAGAAGCAGCGACGGAAGCGCCAAGAGCCCCUCAUGGUUCAGGCCAAUCCUGACGCUUCAGUGCGGCCGCGGAGACCGAGGAGGCGGGAGAAGCGCUUCUCGGCUGACAGCGGCCCCAGGAACCCUUUCCUUCAGGAGAAUGUGCCAGAGGCGCAUUUGUGCCCUGGAUCCCACGGUAUCCUGGGCAUCGUGAGCUGCGGUGGAGAUGGCAGUGGCGAGCGUGAUCCUCUGCUGCCGCCGACAGAAGCAGGCAGUUCUGAUCUGGAGUUGGAGGAAAUCUCCGUGGAGGAUGUUCCUGCCUCGCCAUCUCCUUGUGAAGAGCCUCUGGGGACUCUCUUGCAACGCAAAGGCUGGCUAGCCUGCCAACGAUCUGGCGCCAGUGCUGAGGACAAGAGCGAAUUACAAGAUGUUGGAAAUGAAUACGAAGUGCCCAGUGCCAGAUCAAGCCCUGGAAUGGGUGGUGACGGUGGCCUUGGAGACUUGGCCUCCAACAAGGGCGAAGACCUGGAAGAGAAGAAAGAGGAGCCGGAGUUUACCAUGAGGAAAUCCCCAGGGACGGCCGACGAAGUGGUGUCCGAGGGCGCGUGCAGCGCGGGCAGUGGCGAUGUGGGGAGCUCGCCCCGCAAGCCUCCCUGCGCCCCAGGCCCUCGGCUGGGCGAGGACAUGAAAGCCUAUGUGCUGCAGCCAGCGAUGCGCGGUCACACGGUGCAGUGUCGCAUCAGCCGCAGCAAGGGCGGGGUAGACAAGGGCAUGUUCCCUUUCUACUACCUCUACCUGGAGGCAACCCACGGCCGGAAGCACUUCCUUCUGGCGGGACGCAAGAGAAAAUGGAGCAAAACCUCUAAUUACCUCAUCUCCUUGGACCCUACAGACCUGUCUCGGGAUGGGGACAAUUUUAUGGGCAAAGUCAGAUCUAAUGUCUUGGGCACCAAGUUCAGCAUCUUCGACAAUGGGGUGAAUCCGGAAAGGAAACAUUUUUUUCCGGAGACAGCUCAGAUCAGGGAGGAGCUAGGAGCUGUAUGUUAUGAGACCAACGUCUUGGGAUUCCGAGGGCCCCGGAAAAUGAAUGUUAUUAUUCCGGAAAUCAACGCCCAGAACCAGAGAAUCUGUGUCCAGCCAAAAAAUGAACAAGAAUCGCUUCUGAGUCGCCUCAAACGAGGGGCCAGCCAGGGCCUGGUCCUGAUGCAAAAUAAAGCCCCAUCGUGGAACGACCAGAGCGGCGCCUACGUGCUCAAUUUUCAUGGUCGGGUCACACGGGCCUCGGUCAAGAACUUCCAGAUCGUGCAUCCGGAUGACCCGGACUACUUCGUGCUCCAGUUUGGUCGUAUAGCCCCAGAUGCGUUCAUCAUGGACUUCCGCUUCCCACUUUGCCCUCUCCAAGCCUUUGCCAUCUGCUUGUCCAGUUUCGAUGGGAAGCUGGCAUGUGAGUAAAUUCAAUAAAUAACUCUCAUCAGC